UCAGAGCAUGACAGCGCGCAUUGCGGUAGGACUGCGACAGCGUGUCGUGGCGUUCGAGCCGCUGCUGCACGAGCGCAGGGCCUUGCGAGCGCUGAAGCGAGCUACGACUGCAUCCACUUUGUUAUCUGCAUCCACCCAAGCAACGCGAGUGGCUUAUGGCAGCGUUGCGAUCGCAGAUCCAGAGGUUUACCAGUUCGUAGCCUUCCUGCUGUCACCCGAAGGCUCCGCAUCGUAUCCGGACGAGACCCGGCAGCUGCUGGCUGUGUUAGCUAAAUUCAGUACCAAGCAGACCAUUCAGGCAUCCACAUUGAAGUCGUUUACCCAAUGGGAAGAUGCCGUUGCGCGCUAUGCGGUGGCGGAGACUGCCGGCAGCUGGAGAGUGUUCGUGUUAGUCACGUAUCGCCCUAGACAGCUGCUGCCAUUGUAUAUGGCGUCGGCGAGACGUGCGGUCAAGCUCGUCAAUGCCGUCGUAGCACUGGUGACGGCAAACGCGUACAUCUCCACCCUUGGCGGUGGGCACUUCUUGUGCCGCCAUUUGAGCCAAUCGACGUUGCUGGCCAAGCUGCAGAUUGGGAUUUCAAUGGGACUGAAAGACCCCAUACUGGAGAGCAAGUGUAGGGUGAAUCUGAUGUACAAUGCGCUGCAAUUGGGCAAGUUUAAGCGGGCCAGGAGGAUCUUGAAACGCGAAGAAGUUGUGGCGGAGCAGCUCGAUAGUAGUGAGCUGCGUAACGUCUGCCAUGCUGCCAACGUGUACUUGGACAAGAUGGACCGACUGCACAAGGAGCAAGUGCUGUUUCAUAGGAAGAAUGGACGUCCAGCCACACUGCAUGACAAUUUCUACCGGCAGCGGAUCGUUCGGAUGACGAAGUGAGACAGCAGAGUCUGCCCAAGGAAGGCAUUUCAUUCGCUACGGUAUCCUAGCAAUAAAUUACAAACACGAAGGAUACUGA